AUGGCGACAAAUGCACGCACGUCUUUCUAUACCGAAGUUCGAGAGCAAUACGGACAGCCGACCGUUCAGCUGCUUAAGCUGUAUGCUAACAGCAACACGAAGUUGGGCAACAUGCAAAGUCGCAAGGAGUUUUUGCUGAAAUGCCGCCGAGCCGGAAUCAUACCAUCGCAUAUCGUUCAUUCCGUCCGGUGCGCACAAGAACUGAUCGCAUCCAGAAGCCCUUACACCCGAAAGCUGUCCUCGUCCGUGUGCAGAUUUCAGAAAUCGUUGCUGAACAUCGAAAUACAGGACACUUUUCAUAGGGUGCGACUACUAAACCAAGAUCUGGAGAAACUGCGAGAGCAAAUCGUCCAUCAGACCCGGUCAGACACAUACACACGUUUCUUCCUGACACAAGAAUUCGCAUACCACGACAACCUUCGCCGAAAAUCACAACAAACUGCUCGGAAGUACAACCGCCUAAUGAACCACUCCGUGGAAGCUAAUCAAUCCUCCCUUCCGACCGAAAACUGCAGCGCCAUCCUCAAUGCAACAAACAAAAUCGUACCACCAGAAACAUCCAUCCUCCUCAGCCUUGGUCCGAAAUUCGCCCUACCCUACAGCCACAUAAAACAGAUGCCACUGUUCCAUUUGAUCGCGGAUGUGGAAAAUAUUCUAUCCGCCCACACGGACAUCGAGCUUCGAGAACAAACGAGAUGCCGGAUCAUCAACAGGACACAAAACUUUGUCAAUAGGCACUCCACACUCGGCGACAAUCGCGGCAACCCUCUGGCCCAGUUUUGCCAAGCUGCAACCGUCGUCACUACAAAAUUUAUCAAGGCAAAUCCGGACAUUCUAAUCACCGAAGCUGAUAAGGGCAACCGUACCGUCAUAAUGAGUCUGGCUGACUAUGACAACAAGAUGCAACAGCUGAUCGGGGAUACCAACACAUACCAGCAGAUCAACCAUGACCCGACGGGCCGAUACGAGCGCAAAAACAACAGCAUCGUACAGAGACUGUAUGCGCUGCAGCUCAUAGACGCCCGAACCAAACACACGCUCACGAGCUACAAUGCGGUGUGCCCACGGAUAUACGGACAGCCCAAAGCGCAUAAGGCCAACCUACCACUCAGACCAGUGGUUCCUAACACAACUUCCCCCACGUACCAAUUGAGUAAGUACCUCGCCGACAUACUUCAAAAAUCAUUCACGAGUGAGUUCAAUACCGUGGAUUCCAAAACGUUCUGUACGUAUGUCAAUCAAUUGACGAUACCAACAGACCAUGUACUGGUGUCGUUUGAUGCAGUUUCGCUAUUCACAAACGUCACUAAGGAAGUUGUCAUACACGACAUUAUCAUGAUGUGGGAUCAGAUCCGAGACAACACCACUAUCAACCUGGACCUGUUCCUGGAAAUAGUAGACUUUUGCAUCGGUGCUAGCUUCUUCAGUUUCCGGCAAAAGUAUUACCUCCAAACCUCUGGUACGGCAAUGGGAAGCCCACUAUCCCCAAUAUUAGCAGACAUUGUCAUGGAAAACUUGCUAUCAAAAGCAAUUGGGAGGGCGAACCUUUCUCCACAAUUCAUUCGCAAAUACGUGGAUGACUUGUUCCUAGUGUUGCACAAGGACCAAAUAGAUGCGGUUCUGGCGAUUUUCAACUCGCUAAACCCAAAGAUAGUAUUCACAGCUGAAGUGGAAGUAAACAACCAACUUCCCUUCCUCGAUCUGCUUGUGAUUAGGCAAGAGGACAAUAGCAUAAAAACGGACUGGUAUGCGAAACCAAUUUCAUCGGGCAGAAUGUUGAACUACUUCUCGUUCCACCCGACGGACCAAAAGCUCGCAGUUGUAAACAACUUUAUUGACCGAGUACGCAGUUUGAGCACCAUCCGAACUAGAGAGCAGCAAGAUCAGCUGAUUCACCAACACCUCCGCAACAACGAUUACCCUCACACUCUCAUCAACCGACUAUUGCGCCAACCUCGACGGAUCGAAAAUACAGACAGGCCCACUGUCUAUCGAUCGAUCCCGUAUAUCGAUGGCCUCACACCUUCUAUCAAAAAGAUAAUCACUAACAGCGGACUGCAGUUGGGAAUAUCUCACAGCAACAGGAACACAGUCCGAAACCUGUACAAAAGCGCUAAGGAUCCCAUACCUGUGCUUAACAAAAACAACGUGAUAUACAGAAUUGACUGUAGAGACUGUCCCAGCGCAUACAUCGGAAUGACUACCAACAAGUUGCGGACCCGCAUGUAUGGCCAUCAAACCCACAUCAACACUCUUGAAAACAAACUGGCAGAAGGUUACCAAUACACCGAUCCCGAAAUACAGCUGUUACAAGAGAAAUCGGCACUGAUGAACCACUGUAUCAAUCACCAACACCGUUUCAACAUCCAACAACCAUCCCUCGUCGAUUCAACCUACAAGAGACAAGCUCUGCAAGUGUUGGAAAUGUGCCAUAUUGCGACGACUUCCAACACGGUCAACCAUCGGACAGACACCGAUAAUUUAAGCUGUGCGUACGCAAAUCUGCUCUCAACGAUCAAAACCCAGAGAGGAGCGAGAAAUGCGUCGUCAACUACUAACCAAAAUCGACAAAAUACAAGAAUUCUAACCACCCCACUAACACAAACAAAUCCGACCAACCAAACAGCACCAACUAUAAACACCCCACAGUAA